AUGAUCGAUGAACAAAUGAAACAAUAUGCAGUAUGUAGAGAAGAUUUUAGUGAAAUACAAUUGGAAAUGAAUAGACUUGAAGACAGAUAUGAUACUAUAGCUCCAGGCACUCAAAGUGUUGAGCAUGAAGAUUGUACUGAAGGUAACCAGGACUUACACCCUGACUUUAAUGAAAACUAUAACCUAUCAGAUGACUUAGGAAUACCAUCAGUUGAUAAUACUGAACCUUUGACAAUGAAUGAACUACCAGAUGAUGAAUAUAGACAUAUGGUACAAACAUUGAAUAAAGAACAAAAAGAGUUMUUUUAUCAUGUUCUUCAUCUUAUAAAGACAUCUGAUGAACCAUUCUACUGUUUUCUUAGUGGAGGUGCUGGUGUAGGAAAAUCACAUGUUACUAAAGCUGCAUAUCAGGCAGCCAUAAAGUAUUAUAACACUAGAGUAGGUGUUAACUUUGCUGAAGUAAAAGUAUUAAUGCUAGCACCAACUGGUAAAGCAGCUUAUAAUAUUAAAGGUAACACGAUACAUAGUGCUCUAGCAAUACCAGCAUGUCAGUCAUUGAGACAAUAUAAAAAGCUUGAUUCUGGCAGAUUAAACACAAUCAGAUGUCAAAUUGGUGGAGUGAAACUUAUAUUUGUAGACGAAAUCUCCAUGGUUGGUAACACCAUGUUUAAUGUGCAAUUCAAUAAUAGACUCAAAGACAUCAAAGGUAGCUCACUACCAUUUGGUGGUGUUAGCAUUAUUGCUAUUGGUGAUUUAUUCCAACUACAACCUGUAAUGGAUGGAUAUAUAUUUAAAGACAUGGAUAAUUUUGAAUAUGGAAUACUUGCACCCAAUUUCUGKCAAGAGUUAUUCAAAAURUUUGAACUCAAACAGAUAAUGAGACAAAGAGAAAGUAAGCAGUUUGCAGAAAUGUUAAAUAGGUUAAGAGAAGGAAAUCAAACUGAGGAUGACAUAAAAAAAUUSAAAGAAAGAAYAAUAGAUCCUAAUAGCAAUAAUUAUCCAAAAGAUGCUCCCCACUUGUUCAUACAGAAUGCUAAAGUAAAUGACUUCAACCGUAAAGCACAUAAUGCAUUGCCAGGAACAAAAUACUCAGUCAAUGCACAGGAUAGUGUUAUAGGAGCUGAGUCACAAGAACUUAGGGAUAAAAUACUUAAACAAGUACCUAGUGAUCCUAGAAAAACAAAGCAGCUAUACUCUGUACUUAAACUAGCAGUAGGUGAGAGAACUGAAAUAUCUCUUAAUACUAGAACUGAUGAUGGUAUGACCAAUGGUGCUGGAAAUGUUAUUAAACUAAUACAAAUACAUCAAACAGACAAACCAUCAGGUAUAAUAUGGGUACAGUUUGACCAUCCUGAUGUUGGUCAGAAAACUAGACAUGAUAACAGACAGUUAUAUACUCGAGAUAUUCAACCAUCAUGGAAACCAAUUAAACCCAUAAGUACUCAAUUUGCUGUAGGUAGAAAUAGAACUGUACAGGUUGUAAGAAAGCAAUUUYCACUAAGACCGGCUGCUGCUAAAACUAUUCACAGAUCACAAGGUGAUACUGAAACUACAAUUGUAGCUAAUUUUGAAACUAAAAGAGCCAUACCUCAUAUUCAUUAUGUUGGGCUAAGCAGAGUUAUAACUAUAGAAGGGUUAUAUAUCACUGAUUUUUGUGAAAACAAAAUAUCUGUUUCUCCCGAUGUUCAGAAGGAGAUGGAAAGGUUGAGAACUCAAGCAAACUCAAACCAUGCAUAA